AAUUGGGCCUUGUUUUCAUGGAAGCCAGUUCAAGGCCAAGUCAGGAGCCAAGGCAUCAGUGUCAUUUUCUUCACAAAACAUUUCAAGAGUUUUUAGCUGCCUUCUACCUAGCAAACGAGCUCUUGACGAACCAACCAAACCUUACUUUAGGCAAGAAAGAUGUUUGGGGAAAAUACAGACAAGUAAUUUUCUUUGUAGCUGGCAUAUUGGGCAUGGAAGGAACGGUGUUUUUCAAACAGAUAGGAACGAUUCUGAGAGGAGACUGGGACUGGCAUAAUCCUAAUGAAGACUGUGAGUUCUUACUUGACCUUUUAGAAGAGAGUGGUGCUGCUGAUCAUUUUGGCAAAGUUGUCUGCCCUCUUAUUCCAUUACCAACUGAUUUUCAAGUGGGUAAGAAAGAGCGGUCUUGCUUGAGGUUGAUACGAUAUGCUUACGAAGGCGCCAUGCUUGAAGGUGAUUCAACACCAGUGCAGCUAACCACACUUAGCUUGUGUAAUGUACAGUCUUUUAAAAGAGACGAUGUGCAUAAUUUCCAUCGAAUUCUCGAAGACAGUCAGACUCUCACAGAGCUUGUCAUUUAUAAAAUCGAGAACAUGUCCCAUGAUAUUGCAGAUCUGUUCGCUGAGAGUGUGUCGUCAAGCACUUCAUUAAGAAAAGUCACGCUUAAACUGUUGGACGUGAGUACUGAGAGGUGCACCUACAAUGCUAGUGCCUUGUUAUCGACUUUUUCACAAUUGAACUGUGUUGCGCUUGAGUUCUUUUGUAUUCUGAACAACACUGUUGCAGAAGCCGUAAAAGUGUUAUUAAAAACAUCGCUAAGAUCUCUCGCGCUUAUUGUUUAUGGGGAUCUGGAUGACUGUUUAGCGUCGUCUGUUAGUGAAGGACUUGCAGAAGAAACCGGGCUGGAGUCUCUUAGUCUUGUUGUUCAUGGAAAACCCAGCAACCCUGGAAUCGUAGCACUGCAGAAAGGUGUUCUACGAAAUAGAACUUUGCACUCUUUAGAAUUACAGGUCUAUGGAGAAAUCCCAGAAGCGUGGAUGACAGCUGUUGCUACCUUACUGGCAGCCAAUAAGUCAUGGAAGUCUCUUAUUAUUCAUCCAAAUGUGUGCGGGAAAAUUAAAUGUGGAGAAAGUUUGCCGCUCCAUCCGAUUCUAGGUGCACAUGAUGCCUCGUUAGAGAAGUCGCUAACCGUGAACGUCUGUGGGGAACUGAGUGUUGACAGCUUAAAAGCCCUUGGAAGUUUUUUCACGAAAAGUUCGCCAUUAUCUGGUCUCCACUUGAAUGUCCAAGGUAAACUAAGCAAUGACGUUGUGAAAUGUCUGGUAGACUAUUUUCUGGCCAACAAUUUAUUGUUCUCACACAGUAUUAUUAACCUUUGCGGUGAAAUCACAAUCUACGGAGAAAAUGCCCUUCAAAGAUUAGUUAAAGAGGGGCAAAAGCAUUCUAUUUCAGUGCACGUGAAUGGUCCCAGUCAAGACAAUAUUUUAGGAGGGUUGGAAACAUCCGCUGAUUUUUCUUCAGUUUCGGCCUCGUUUUUAGUUGAUGGGACGACUACUGCUCCCGAAGUCAUAAACUUAUUAAGCUUUGCAUCUUUACGUACGUUCCAUCUCACUGUCAACAACCACGCUGACGAGUCAGAAGGGUGGGCCUUGGGUGUGGCUAAUGGCUUGGCGAGCAGCAGUUCAUUAACUUCAUUCACCCUCAUAGUUAACAUUGAUGCUGACGAGAUGGGAAACUGGGCCAUGGCAGUGGGAGAUGGCUUGGCAAACAGCAGUUCAUUAACUACAUUCAGUCUCACAGUCAACAAUCAUGCUGACAGUAUGGGAAACUGGGCCGUGGGAGUGAGAGAUGGCUUGGCAAACAGCAGUUCAUUAACUACAUUCAGUCUCACAGUCAACAAUUAUGCUGACGGUAUGGGAUACUGGGCCGGGGGAGUGGGAGAUGGCUUGGCAAACAGCAGUUCAUUAACUACAUUCAGUCUCACAGUCAACAAUUAUGCUGACGAUAUGGGAUACUGGGCCGUGGGAGUGGUAGAUGGCUUGGCAAACAGCAGUUCAUUAACUACAUUCAGUCUCACAGUCAACAAUCAUGUUGACGGUAUGGGAUACUUGGCCAGGGAAGUGGUAGAUGGCUUGGCGAAGAGCAGUUCAUUAACUACAUUCAGUCUCACAGUCAACAAUCAUGCUGACGGUAUGGGAUACUUGGCCGGGGGAGUGGUAGAUGGCUUGGCAAACAGCAGAUCAUUAACUACAUUCAGUCUUACAGUUAACAAUCAUGCUGACAGUAUGGGAAACUGGGCCAGUGGUGUGGGUAAUGGCUUGGCGAAGAGCAGUUCAUUAACUACAUUCAGUCUUACAGUUAACAAUCAUGUUGACAGUAUGGGAAACUGGGCCAGUGGUGUGGGUAAUGGCUUGGCGAAGAGCAGUUCAUUAACUACACUCAGCCUUACAGUUAUAAAUCACCGGGGAGAAUUGGGACGCUGGGCGAACAAUUUAAGCAAGGGAUUGACCAAGAACCAUUUCUUAACAACAAUAAGAGUAGCAUUCAACUUGUGCGGUGAGAAGAGAAUUCGCUAGACGUGUAACCAGUCUUCAUCCUUUGUAUAUUUUCCCUGUCGAGUGAGGGUGUGGACAGAAUUUCGAAGAACUACAAAUUAGGACAAGGACACAGUUAAAGUAGACACAACCAUUUGUUGUGAGACGUUGUUCGGUUACUAAAAUAUUUUUUGUAGAAGCAAGAAUCCGCACGGUUAACGUGCUUCUUGUAUUUUUUUUUGUCAGUGUCUUUGUGAAAUGUAUUUGCUCGUACAUGAGUAAGGUCACUUUUUAGGUGGUUUUGAAACUUAAUCUCCGCUUGUUGGUGCUAAGUCUUACUCCUCGCAUAAUCUGUGCCAAUUUGCCAAAUUUUUCCUUAAAACCUGGAGGUAAUCUUUAGCUGAAAACUAUUUAUUUAUUUCAGCAAAAAAGUUAUUGGGACAUUUUUUGGUAAACAUUAAUUAGAGACACGCGCCUCCUGGCCCGAGCAGCACGUAUCAUUAUUAUUGGGUAGAAACGAACUCAGAUAACUGAUGCGUUGAAAAUACCAGGAUGCCUACACAAGGAGAGCAAAGAAAUGAAACCGAAGCUGCUGAACGUUGUGAUUUUUUUACGCCACUGAUACAGUUUCAGUGAUCUCUUGUUUACUGUUGUGAAUGUUUUGAAAGAUGAGGCUUCUAAAGCCAUCUCAAAUCACGACAGGUCUUCCUAUGGAUGUGAUGUAUCAAAUUUUCCGUAAACUUUCCUAAUUUUUUUUCUUAAUUUUUUUUUUGUGAUCUUAAGAUGUGUUUAUCCCGCUUACUUCAUGCACGUCUGAAUAAUAGCAACUGAGAUUUGAAAUCUGGUACCAUAGAAAUAAAAAUUCCCUAGGUAUUAAUCCAAAUGAUAAUGACUGGAAAUUUUAAGUCAAUAAAAACUCAUUAUGUGGGAAAUGAAACUUGAACUGCGCGAAUUACUGAGUUGAAGAACUAAGUUAACCAAGAAAUAAUCACUCAGGGGGAAAUUCCGUAGAUAUAUUUGUACAGUGCUGUGCUUAUAUUACCAUCAAAGUACAUCAUAACAUUUAUUAUUCUUGCAAUUGUAGCAAUAUCUUUCAACUUCACGCUGUUUUGCUGACAUACUCAGUAUCUUUUUUGUAGCUCCCCUGUACUGAUGGCACACCGAGUCUGGCAAAUAAAGAAAAAGAGACCGUCGGCAAUGAGCACUGCAGUUGCUGCUCGAUCAA